AUGGCUUCCACCGCAGCUACUUUCCUCCUCGCCGCCUCAUUCGCUAUCAUGGCUGCCUCAGCCUUCCAGUUUGAGGUCGCAGACGAUAUCGGAUGGUCCAAACCCACCGGAAAAGAGCGCGAGACGUACAACGAAUGGGCCGCGCAAAAUAGGUUCCACAUCCGAGACACACUCCAUUUCCACUACGCGAAAGACUCGGUGCUGGUGGUCACCUCCGCGGACUAUCUAGCGUGCAACGCGUCGAAUCCCAUCGCUGAAUUCGACGACGGAAGCACGGUUUACGAGCUAGACAGGCCGGGCUUCUUUUACUUCAUCAGCGGGCAGCCCGGCCACUGCAAGUCGGGCCAGAGGCUCAUAGUACGUGUCAUGCAUCCUUUGCCUCCUGCUGCUGCGCCCGACCUUGCGCCGGAACUUCCACCUUCCUUGGCGCCGUCGGGCGAGGGCGAUGGGGAUUCGAGGUGGCCGGAGUUUAGUUCGACUGCGAAAUUGUCAGUUGUUUCCUACUUCGUUGCUGCUUUUGUAGCACUUCUUGUCACGCUCUACCUCUUCGUGUAG